AUUUAGCUUAAUGACUCACCGUCAAUUCAGUUGUCUACUGGUCUAAAGUGCGUUUUGCGGAGUUAACGACACGAAGUUCCAAACGUCAGUUGUGUCUUUAAACAUUGUGUGCGUUAACAUCAGCAUUCACAACAGAUUAAUAUGUCUGGCAGAAAGAUUAAGGCCAUUUUAAUGAAUGUUCCUGAGCGUGAGUUAAUGGGUAAUAUUAUGUUGCAAGAGACUGGUGAGCCAUUGCUUCCUGUUCAUGUAAAUAUUGUUAAAUUAAAGCGCACGAACGGCGGCGUUUACAUUACCGCUGAGGACAGGGAUGAAGCCGUCAAGAAAAGACAGCUGGCUAAUGCCAAGGAACGAUUAAGGGUGAAGAGCCUAAACGCCAUGUUCUCUCACCUGAAGCGCAUAGUGCCAGUGAUGCCACUUGGCCGCAAGCCCAGUAAAGUGGACAUGCUGAAGGCAGCCACUGAAUACAUCAGACUAUUGACUGAUGUGCUCCGGGACACUUGUGACCGAGAAACUCCAGACAACAUCAUUGAAAGUGGAAACAGUCUAGGCCUACCAGAUACAGAAGAUAGACUCUCUGCUGUUUGGACUGUGGAUGAGAUACUGGACUCCAUGUCCAGCACUGUGCCCAAUGAAGUUGUAUCUGCUCCAGUUGUUGCAGAAGGGUUCCAGUUUCACGAUCAAAAGCCUAGUGGCUUGGUGGUGCACUGUGUGAAAUCUGCUUACCAGUACAUUGUUCAGUUUGCCCCAGUGGACCAUGCCACACUUCAGCCCACGUGUUCCACUCACCCAGAUCUUACAGCUCAACUUCAGAUCCAGCCUCAGCUUCAGCUUCACCUUCAGCCUCAGGCUCAUUAGAAUCCCUGCGCUUCAUGUUUUUGUGAAUAUUUUUUUUUAACCAUUUAUUGGAAGACAGUGUAACAUUGCUUGCUAGUCGUGUCUGCCUUGUGUAUGUUUCUGUACCUUGUCCUUUCCAAAGUGAGGGUUUAAGGUCUUGGGAUGGUGUAUAACAAACAUUUGCUUUCACAAAAACACUGUUUUAUUUGUGUUUAUGAUAUUAAUACACUGGGAUAUGAAAUGGACACGGGAUGUUUCUAAGUAUGGGAACUUAUAAAUUAUUUUAAUAACAAUAUACAAAACAAUUUUGGUGAUGGAUAUACCUAUUUUUUUAGGUGGGUGGAAAACCCCAUAAUAAACCUCACUAGCAUGUAA